AUGGUUCCUCCUCUUCCUCUGAUCUUCCUGCUCAUGAUUGUUGAACAUCUUACAGUGACAGAGAGUUUUUGGACCAUACACCCAGUUGAGGGUGUGGAGCCGACUGAUCUGAGUAAAAACCCAGGUUAUUCAGGCAGAGUUGAGUAUUUCACUGAUGAACAGAAACACUUCUCCCUCAAACUGAGUGAUGUAAUGAAGAAGGAUGAACAUCAGUACUGCUUCAGAAUCAAAACAAAUGUAGAAAAAGAAAGAUGGUCAGGUUUUCCUGGAGUUCAGCUCAGAGUUCCAGAGAUCCAUGUAGAAACUUCUGAAAAAGUGACAGAGGGAGAAACAGCAGAUCUGACCUGUAAAACCACCUGCAGUCUGAUUGACCCAACAUUCAUCUGGUACAAAAAUGGAUGUCUUUUAACCACAAAGACCAUCAAGAACAACCAGCUCCACCUGCAGACAGUCAGCAGUGAGGAUGCAGGCAGUUAUAGCUGUGCUGUAAGAGGAUAUCAGCAUUUCCAAUCUACUGCUCACAACCUCAGAGUCAGAUAUCCUCCAAAGAGUGUCUCAGUGUCCAGCAGACCCUCUAGUGAAAUAGUGGAGGGCAGUUCAGUGACUCUGACCUGCAGCAGUGAUGCAAACCCACCUAUCUACACCUGGUUUAAGGGAUCAACAUCAAUAGGAGAAGGAAAAACCUACAGAAUUCCCAACAUCAGAUCUGAGGACAGUGGAGAAUACACAUGCCAGAGUUGGAAUGAUCAUGGAGAGAGGAGAUCCACUGCUGUGCAGUUAAAUGUUUUGUAUCCCCCAAAGAAUGUCUCAGUGUCCAUCAGUCCCUCUGGUGAAAUAGUGGAGGGCAGUUCAGUGACUAUGACCUGCAGCAGUGAUGCAAACCCACCGGUGAAGAUCUACACUUGGUUUAAAGAAGGUGGAACCUCACCUGUAGGAUCUGGACACAGUUACAGUCCUCUACAGAGUGGAUCUUACUACUGCAAGGCUCAGAAUCAACAUGGAGCUCAGAAUGCAACAGCUGUGUCAGUGAUAGUACAAGCUCCACCCUUGAGGGUCAGUCGUCCCAGUGACCCACACAGCACAAACAAAGUCUUUGAGGUGUGUGGGCUGAAGUCCCGGCCUGUGCACCAUCCCAGCCUGCCCAAAAGCCCCAGGGUGCCUGCUUCUGAGCAGAAAGCACACUCGGUCCUCUCUCAGGGCCAUGUCCCCUUGCCUUCUGGCCUGCCGCACGACAUGGAGAUGCUGGCAGGGCUCCUUGCCUUGAUAGAGUCCAGAGAUGAGGGUGACUUCAUCCGAGUGUGCUUGGUAGAAGAUUGUCAUAUCCCAGUGAAAUCGCUGAAGACUCAUUUAAAUAUAACAGCUUUGGAUGGGAGUCCUGUAGAAGCUGUAGCCAUCACCUGCUUUAAUGCGAUGGUGUCACUCAGAGUGUCUCUUCCUCUGUUGUUUCUGCUCAUGAUUGUAGGAGCUUUUGGAACAGAGUGGAGUGUGAAGUUCAACCAACAGGAAAUAUGUGCUUUAAAAGGAUCCACAGUGUUUAUGAAUGGAACUUAUACUCACCCAGAAAAUCUUACAGUGACAGAGACAUUUUGGACUUUAGAUCCAGAUAAGAAGCCUGAUCUGAGUAAAGACCCAGAUUAUUCAGGCAGAGUUGAGUAUUUCACUGAUGAACAGAAACACUUCUCCCUCAAACUGAGUGAUGUAAUGAAGAAGGAUGAACAUCAGUUCUGCUUCAGAAUCAAAACAAAUGUAGAAAAACAAAGAUGGGUGGGUACACCUGGAGUUCAGCUCAGAGUUACAGACUUACAUGUAGAAACUCCUGAAGAAGUGACAGAGGGAGAAACAACAGAUGUGACAUGUAAAACCACCUGCAGUCUGACUGACCCAACAUUCAUCUGGUACAAAAAUGGACGUCCUUUAACCACAAAGACCAUCAAGAACAACCAGCUCCACCUGCAGACAGUCAGCAGUGAGGAUGCAGGCAGUUAUAGCUGUGCUAUUCUCCAAAGAAUGUCCAUCAGUCCCUCUGGUGAAAUAGUGGAGGGCAGUUCAGUGACUCUGACCUGCAGCAGUGAUGCAAACCCACCUGUGAAGAUCUACACCUGGUUUAAAGGAUCAACAUCAGCAGGAAAAGGAAAAACCUACAGCAUUCCCAACAUCACAUUUGAGGACAGUGGAGAAUACACAUGCCAGAGUCGUAAUGAUCAUGGAGAGAGAAACUCCACGGCUGUGCAUUUAAAUGUUCUUUAUCCUCCAAAGAGCGUCUUAGUGUCCAUCAGUCCCUCUGGUGGAAUAACGGAGGGCAGUUCAGUGACUCUGACCUGCAGCAGUGAUGCAAACCCAUCUGUGAGGAACUACACCUGGUUUAAAGAAGGUGGAACCUCACCUGUAGGAUCUGGACAGAAUUACACCAUCAUCAGCAUCACUGCUGACCACACUGGACUGUACUACUGUGAAGCUCAGAAUGAUCAUGGAGCUCAGAGGUCAGCUGGAGUGCCGGUCUCUUUAAAAGGCUACCCCGUGAUUCUGUGUGUAGCUGUUGGAGUCCUUUCAGAGAAACAGCGCCCUCCUCCUGUCAAUUCACAAACCGCAGAGAGAGACAGUCGCACCAGUGAUGACGUCAAACCUCAGGGCCACUUAAAGUAA